UUCACCUUUUUAACUUUAUUUGAUCCACACAAAUAUGGAGAGCCGAUCACACUUUUGCCGUCGAUUCAAAUCACUGAAUCACAGUUUCCUCGAUCACUUCCGAUUUCUGCUAAUUCAAUUUCGCCUGUGCAUCCAAUCCUGCUCAAUUGAUCAAUUCCAUGUCCAAGCAGACCUACAGAGUGUGCUUCUGCUUCCGGCGCCGGUUCCGCCUGACUGCCGCGGAGGCGCCGCCGGAUGUGAAGGCGCUGUUCGACGCGUACUCGCAGAACGGCGUGAUGAGCGCGGACGAUCUGCGGCGGUUCCUGGUGGAGGUUCAGGCGGAGCCGAACGCCACGGCGGAGGAGGCGCAGGGCAUCAUCGAUUCCCUAAAGCAUCUCCACAUAUUCCACCGGAGGGGGCUCAAUUUGGAGGCGUUCUUCAAGUAUCUGUUCAGUGAUGCAAAUCAGCCUCUCGACCCCAAAAUUGGGGUUCACCAUGACAUGACUGCUCCACUCUCUCAUUACUUCAUAUAUACUAGCCACAAUACCUAUUUAACUGGGAAUCAAAUCUGUAGCGACAGCAGCGAUAUUCCUAUUGUACGUGCGCUGCUGCUCGGUGUUAGAGGGAUUGAGCUGGAUUUAUGGCCGAAUUCUACAAAAGAUAAUGUGGAUGUUCUUCAUGGGAGGACACUGACUACUCCUGUAUCACUGAUCAGAUGUUUGAGGUCAAUUAAGAAUCAUGCUUUUUCUGCGUCGGAGUAUCCUGUCAUAAUAACACUUGAAGAUCAUUUAACUGCUAAUCUUCAAGCUCUAGUAGCUGAGAUGAUCGUUCAAACAUUUGGAGAUAUGUUGUUUACCCACCCUGGUUCAAGCCUUUUAGGAGAAUUUCCCUCCCCGGAAUCACUCAAGAGGCGGAUUAUCAUAUCAACUAAACCGCCUAAGGAAUACUUAGAAGGAAAUGAGGAUAAAGCGAAGAAAAGCUGCACAGACAGUUCGUCCGAGGAUGGAGCUCAUCCUAGAGAAGUUCCCGAUCUUAUACCAAGAAAUGAUCACGAUAAGGAUGAUGAUGCUGAUGAUGAUGCAAACAGAGAUGUCACGGAAACAGAUGAAGAUGAUGAGAAGGAUCCAAAGGUAGGGAGCCAAGCAGCGCCCCAAUACAGGGAUUUGAUCGCUAUCCCUGCUGGAAGGGGAAAGGGAGGCAUGCAGGCGUGGCUGAGGGUUGAUCCUACGAAAGUGAGACGUAUUAGCUUGAGUGAGCAAAAACUUGAAGAUGCGAUCUCAGAAUAUGGACAAGACAUUGUUAGGUCCACACAAAAGAACAUAUUGAGAAUAUACCCCAGAGCUAUUCGGUUGGACUCCUCCAAUUAUAAACCGUUAUGUGCAUUGAUGCAUGGAGCUCAAAUGGUUGCGUUAAAUAUGCAGGGUUAUGGAAAAUCACUAUGGUUGAUGCACGGGAUGUUCAGGGCGAAUGGCGGGUGUGGCUAUGUUAAAAAGCCAGAUUUUCUGUUGGAUGCUGAUGAGGUCUUCGAUCCGGAAGCUGAAUUGCCUGUCAAAACUACUCUGAGAGUGACAGUAUAUAUGGGUGAAGGAUGGUACUAUGAUUUCUCUCAUACACACUUUGAUACCUACUCUCCCCCGGAUUUUCGUGCAAAGAUUGCAAUUGUGGGAGUGCCGGCUGACAAGAAGAAGAAGAAAACAAAGACAAUAGACGACAACUGGAUCCCGUCAUGGGAUGAGGUGUUCGAGUUCCCAUUGACAGUUCCUGAACUAGCUCUCCUCCGACUCCAGGUUUCUGAGGAAGAUGUAUCUGGUAAAACUAUGUUUGCCGGCCAGACGUGCCUCCCCGUGUCGGAGCUCAGGGAAGGUAUUCGAGCCGUCCCACUCUACACACGCAAGGGAGAAAAAUACAAGUGUGUCAAGCUUCUUCUCAGAUUUGAAUUUGUUUGAUCCAUAGUGUAUUUAUUCUAUUAUGGUGUUUUGUGUGUGGUUGCUUUAGAGAUUCAAUAAUAUAAUAAAAUCAUAAAAUAACAUAGUAUAAUAAAUUAAUACCUAAAUUCCGUUUCAAAUAUACCUAACUUUGUUGUAUUAUGAAUAUUACACGGCUUCUAAUGUGCUUAUACUUUUCGUGAGUA